UGAACAUAUUUAAAUUGACCAGCCUCUCAACCUGCUCACCUGGAUGACUGGUAAACAGGUACUGGAGGUCUGGGGCACAUAUAUGUAGCCGUCCAAAAGCUGCAGAGCUGCACUCGCACUAUGGCCUCGACGGAAGGAAAUACUCCGACGUUUAAGAUGACGUCCUUGGACAGCGACAUCAACCAACACUUCCAGGAUGCAAUCGACGUGAUUCAACAGCAUUCGAAUAAUUCAUAUUACGAUUCAGAGUAUCCACAUUACGAGACUCUGGGCACUCAGUGUCAUAUCUCCUGCUGCGUGGUCACACACCCGCCUGACGCACCGGCUCCCGUCUACGACUGGAGCGACACAGCUCAGUCCUGGCCUCAGGUCAUCCCUGACGUCUCGCUGGGUCACUCCAUACCAACUGAAUCCCCUCAGUUCUACUCCAUCGUACCACCACAGAGGAAAGGUCGUAAGAAGCUCAGACUUUAUGAAUACCUCCAUGAAGCCCUGAACGACCCCAACAUGGGCGACUCCAUCCAGUGGACGGACAGCGGCAGCGGCACUUUCCACUUCAUCUCCAAGAACAAGGAGAAGCUGGCCGAGUGCUGGGGCCAGCGAAAGGGCAACCGGAAGACCAUGACCUACCAGAAGAUGGCCCGAGCUCUGAGAAACUACAGCCGCACGGGUGAGAUCAUCAAAGUGCGCCGCAAGCUCACCUACCAGUUCAACCCAGACAUCCUGCACAAGCUGGGCUCCACUCAGGGGCCCCUGCGUCUGCCCUGUCACCCUGCACAGGAGGAGGCCCACGGCCAGCAGCAGCCGAGCCCGGGCGAACAGAGCUACUACAGCCCCUCGGCGGUGGACUGGCACAGCUGGUACAGCCACUACCAAAUGCAGGAGGACUACGAUCUGGCCGCCAGCUUCACCUCACACAGCACAACCAAACUCUGAGGAGGAGGAGGAUGCUUUAUUACAAAAAAAAAAAAGAAACUAUAAAAAAAAGCUCAGAAAAGGCCCAACCUUCAAAUUACACAUACUCAUAGAUAUCAGUUCCCUAAAUGUAACUGUUUUCCAUCUAUGAUACAUAAAUUGUUCCCUGGGAAAUUGGUGAAAAUGUCAAAGAUACUCCUGGAUUCGCCCCCUGAUCCAAAGUUCAGUGGGACCCAUUCUGUAAGAUACCUUACAAACCGUUUCACGAGACUACAUUAAAUUUGCUAAAUACAUUUAUAUCUGCAUGUAGCUGAUGCUGCCACUGUUACUAUAUUUAAGGUUUAUUUUUAUAUAAUAUUGUGUCUUGCUGAAGGAUAUGACAUCUAGAAAAAUAUAAUUGAAAACCCUUCUACAGCUUCAUCAUUCAACAUUAAGACAAAUUUCUAUUUUCAGUCUGUCGUCAUUUUUUUUUACACAGUCAGGACCACUUACAAUAUAAUAAAUACAAAUCAUUUCAUAGAUAUAUUUAAUUUUACAUAUAUUUUCGAAUCAAGGCCGUUUCCAAUACAUUUCCAAAAUGUUCAAAAUGGUAUUAGUGAUUGUAGUUGAUCAUAAUAACGAUUUACAUGUAAUAUAAUUUACUUACGGUUCCUGUUGUUACAGCAGCAUCUAGUAAUAAGUAUUGUGUUGAAUGACAUGUAUAUAUUUAUGAUUUUCUUGAUAAAGAUUUUAUACUUGUUGUAUUUAUAAUGUAAUGAGAUCAACUUUCCUUUUUUUUCACAAUUUGUUGGACUAUUUCAAUAUGAUCAAUAAAUCAAUCUGUGUUUUCUCCCA